UGCACACCCACCGGUAAUUUGACGAGGACAGGCUCACUGCUUUCCUAAAAUAACUCCUUUCCCCCCGCCUGACCCCCUCAGUUACUGAAGCUUCUUUUCCCCACAGCUCCCAGCAUGCCAGGGAGUGGCAGGGAGAGCCAGGCUGUUUUCUUUAGGACUGGGGCUGGGCAGAGAGUUGCAGAGUGGACACCAGUGAAGAGCUGAAGAGUAAUUGACCUGAAGACUGAAAGCUGAGGAGAAAGAUUACAGUGAAGGAGGAUUUAGGCUGGAGUUAUGAGGGUGGGAGCUGUGACUUUGGCUGGGGGGAUAUUUGGGGUAGUUGGGACUUUGUGUUUCUUCCUAGCCUUUGGUACAGACUACUGGCUUGUAGCCAGUGACGACUGUGGACCGUAUACAUGGUCGACACAAACAACACUGACAGGAGAAAAAGAUGCCAAUGGAACUGAGAUCCAGUUAGUGGAAGCUGUCACUGUUUCUCCUCCAUCUCUCACUCUGCACCACGAGGGCUUCUUCUGGCGAUGUGUGUUUCAGGUGGAGCCCACAGCACAUGCAGUCCUGGCCACUCUCUUCACAAACCAGCCAGAAUCCAAGGUCUGUGUUCAGGGUUACCUCUUCCCUCUGCCUGUUGCACUUGGACAGGUGCCUCAUCCAAGUUAUGAUGCUACAGCAGUGUUUCGGGGUUUCUGGACCGUGCUGAUAAUCCUUGGCCUGGUCGCAGCUCUAACUGGAGGCUUCCUCUUGGUCUGUGGUGUUCCCUUCAUCAGCCACAAACUGUACAAGCUGGGCGGCGCUUUCCUCAUCACUGCUGCCUGCUUGUUCCUGUUCAUGCUGCUGCUCUACGUACUGUGGAUGGAGGUGGUGGAGGUGAAGCGCUACAUGCUGCAGGAGAGAGGAGAGGCAUGUCCACAUGCACAGGUUUCAGUACUGUAUGGCCUGUCGUUCAUGGUGGCGGCUGCCGGCGUGCCUCUGGAGCUCAUCUCUGGGUUGAUCUUCAUGCUGGUGGGCCGUGCGCUGCAUGCCAGCAAGUGAGCUUGCCAUCUGGCCUGUAGGGGAAGAAAGGACUGACCUUUUUACGUCCUGCAACUGGGACUCAGCAGAACACUUGUGGGAUGUAAAUACUGGCUGGAAAGACAUGACCAAUAUUACAGCACCACCCUUUGGAUGUCAAGUAGCAUGCAGUCAGAGAUACUGAUUUGGUGUAUCAGUUUUCUAUAACUGGUUUUCUAUAAAAAAAUCAGUAAGUAUUAUAGUAUAAUAAUACCAGAAUAAGUCAUUGUUACAUUUUGAUUAAUAUAGUGUGAUAAGAAUAUGACAGUGAGCAAUAUAUGAUGUGCCAAGACUGUUUUUUUUCCUAAACAAUAUUGCAUGAGUAAUAAUAUUAUAGGUGAGAAAUGUAUGGGUGAACCAGCUGUGUCCCCCAUCCUGAUUUUGGCACACGAUCAAAGUAAGGGAGGAAUGGUUGGAUGAACUGGGGACAGAAACGGUAGCUUUGGAUAGAGGGUGGGGGUGGGGGUGGAGCAGGAGAGGGAUGGAUAUAGGGCGGAUAGAGAAAGAAUUGAUGCUUGUAGGGGGGCACAAGGGGGCUUUGAGAAAUGAACAGCUGUUUGUGGGUUUGGUUGGUAUACAGCAGGCUGGCCACCUGCCCCCUUCACCCCAAUCACAUUUCACUCCCUCACUGAAAUCCUUAUGCUCUCUCUUUUCUGACUCACACUGUUAUAUUUCUCUGUCCCACCCUACAUAUUUACAUUUAUUAUUACCCCUACCCCUAAAAUUCAGAAACCCUUGCCUCUAAAAGAUCUAAUCUACUGACACACAUCCAUUGCACACACAGACAACAUGGCCCACUGUUCUUUCUUUUCCUCAGUCUUAUCCAAAUGGGAAGCACAGCACUUGUGAUUGUAUCAUAACUACCACAAUAUUAGAUCAUCCUACUCUUUCAUUGGUCUGAAUGGGCAGCGUGUGGAAACAAGCGGGUGGACUCUCAAUCACACAUAUCAGCUUUCAUCUGUUCUACUGAGGAGCAGGAGUGGAGGUGGUGGGGUGGGGGAUGUUUGCUUCAAAGAACUCACUGAUCAAACACAUAAAACUACCCGUUCAAUAACACACACACACACACACACAUGCUGUGAUCAAACUGUCCAGAACACACCAAUGUUAAUUAUUGAAAGAAAUUGCAUUUUUUAACUGCACAUACACAGCGGAUCCUAGAUCUGACUUGUGUAAGAAAGUGUACUGAGUGAGUGUAAUGCUGUAAUAUUACACCAUAGCCAUCAAAUGCUAUAGGUCAGGAGUUUACUGUGUUGCCUGUGAUGUCAGAGGAUACCCUCUAAUUUUGGUACAUCGUGGUUGUGGUCUUUUACAUGAUUGUUACUGGUUAUUCAACACGUGAUUUUAUUUAAGUCUGUGAUGAUAAUUUCUGAUAAACAUGACAGCUAUAUGAUAUAUAGAAUAGUCUGUGUAAUUUGUCUGCAACAGCAUGAUUGCUGCCUUGCUUGGCUAGGAAACUUUGGAAGAACUGUUUUAAUCUCAAUGAAGCUUUCAUGGUAAAUAAUGCUUUAAUUGUUUGUAAGUUUUUAAAUAAAAGUGUUUCAAUAAAACAAAACAAAAAAGUAAA